GUGGGCGCGGAGAGCCAGGCCGAGCCCAGCGGAGCCGCACCCAGCCCAGCCGAGGCAACGGGGCCAGGCAGGGCCGCCGCCGCCGCUCCCCAGGGGAGGUGGGAGCUCGGGGUUGCGCUGGCUGCGGGGGGCGGACGGGCGAGACCGACCCGGCUCCGCGGUGUGGCGUUUAUCCCCGUGCGGUGCCGUGCGGCUCGGCCGCCCACCCACCAUCGCCUCCGCCUUCUCCCAGCCGCACUUUUGACACCUUAUGGAUGUCGUCAAAAGGGUGGGGGGCGAGGGCGGUGGUAAAGCACAGAAUUGUUUCGGUUGGGAAUCCCAUUAAGCCCUGUCCAACCGUUCUCUAACUCUGCCCAUGCUAACCCAAGUCCCUCAGCACCGCAUCUCUGCCACUUCCCAACGCCUCCACUGAUGGGCAUUCAGCCACCUCCCUGGGGAGCCUCUACCAGUUGAGAAGCCUUACAGGGAAGGAGUUUCCUCUAAUCUUCAGCCUAAACCUCUGCAGCAGUUAAGUGGAUUGUGAAGUCUCUUGGGGAAAAAAAAAGUCAUCCAAACAAGCCAACAGAAGAUGUUUCGCAUCAUUCGGCAUCAGCCUAUGAGACUGCUAACCCAAACCAGUCUUUCUAGCACAUGUUUAAAAGGGAUGCUUUCAAGACCUGUUGCAUUUGUGCAGAUCUGGAAGUCGUGGUUCUCAAGCCAUCCUCUUGUUGGAAACAAAAAUAUUAUCCUGAUGGGACCUCCUGGUGCUGGGAAAACAACGGUCGGGAGAAUAGUAGGUCAGAAACUGGGUUGCCCUGUCAUAGACAUAGAUGAUGAUGUCCUUGAAACAACCUGGAAUAUGAGCGUGUCAGAAAAACUGCAGGAUGUUGGUAGUGAGCAAUUUUUAGAGGAGGAAGGAAAAGCCCUGUUGAAGUUAUCAGCAUCUGGAAGUGUCAUUUCCCUUACUGGGUCCAAUCCCAUGCAUGCUGCUGGCAUGCAGCAUGUGAAGACGAAUGGAAUAGUUGUGUACCUGGACGUGCCCACAGCAGUCAUCAUGAGCAGGUUGCAGUCGAUGAAAGUGGAUCGCAUUGUGGGGCAGUCUCCUGGCGUUUGUCUCAAGGACAUACUUCAGUUUAGGAAGCAGUUCUACAAAAGGUGGCAUGACAUCCGUGUUCUUUGUGGAGGUGAUAUUGCAGCAGAGGUUGUAGCAGAAAAGGUACUUGAUGCUGUGAAGAGAUACCAGAACUCAGAACUGGAAACUUUCAUUUCCACUAGGUCUGGUAGGUCUGAGAGGAGCAUGGACAAAGACUCUGAUAAAUAUUUCAGUGAUGUCGUAACGGAGGGCUUAGCCCCUGAUGGAGGACUCUUUGUUCCUGAGAAAGGACUUCCCAAAUUCACUGCUGGAGAAUGGCAGAGCCUAAUAGAAGCAACUUACGUUGAAAGAGCCCAGGUGAUACUGGAAAGAUGCAUACACCCUGCUGACAUUCCUGCUCCUAAGCUGGCAGAAAUUAUUGAAACAGCUUAUGGAGAAAACUUCACUUGUUCUAAAAUUGCACCAGUCAGGCACCUGGCAGGCAAUCAGUUUCUCCUUGAGCUAUUUCAUGGACCAACAGCAUCGUUUAAAGAUUUUGCACUGCAGUUGGUGCCACAUAUAUUUGCAUACUGCAUUCCCAGAAGCUGCAACUACUUGGUUCUGGUAGCUACUUCUGGCGACACAGGGAGUGCUGUCCUAGAUGGCUUUAGUCGUCUCCAUGACACGGACAAACAGAGAAUUGCUGUGAUGAAUUUUUUUCCUGAGGAUGGAGUAAGCCCAAUUCAGAAAUCACAGAUGAUUGGCUGUCAGAAAGAAAAUGCAUGGUCAGUAGGUGUCAAAUCUGAUUUUGAUUUUUGCCAGACAGCUAUAAAGCAAAUCUUCACUAACUCUGGUUAUACUGGCUUCCUAACAGUGGAGUAUGGAACAGCUCUAGCUGCAGCAAACUCCAUCAACUGGGCACGACUGCUUCCUCAGGUAGUUUAUCAUGCCUCUGCAUACCUUGAUCUUGUUCAUCAAGGUAUUGUUCCUUUUGGAAGCCCUGUAGAUGUCUGCAUUCCUACAGGAAACUUUGGCAACAUAUUAGCAGCUUUGUAUGCUAAAAUGAUGGGAGUUCCUAUUAGGAGAUGCAUAUGUGCUUCCAAUGAAAAUAAUGUUUUGACUGACUUCAUAAGAACAGGUGGUUAUGAUUUGAGGGAAAGAAAAUUAAUUCCCACUUCUUCACCAGCAGUAGAUAUUUUGAAGUCCUCUAAUCUUGAGCGAUACUUGUACAUGAUUGCUAAUGAGGAUGGGCAACUGGUGACACAGUUGUAUAACCAGCUGGAAAAUCAGGGCCACUUCCAGCUAGGGAAAGAUCUACUUGGAAAGCUUCAGCAGGACUUGGUGGCUGGGUGGUGCUCAGAGGAGGACUGUCUGGCUGCCAUUCACUCUGUCUAUAGCACUACAGGAUACAUUUUGGAUACACACACAGCUGUGGCUAAAGUAGUUGCAGAUCGAUUACAAGACAGAAGUUGCCCAAUUAUUAUUUCCUCUACAGCUCAUUAUUCCAAGUUUGCACCUGCUAUCUUGAGGGCCUUGAGAAUUGCAGAAAUAAACCAGAAUCCAGUAAGCCAGCUUCACUUGCUGAGUUCUUACAGCCCACUGCCUCCAGUGCACUGGGGCCUAUUGGAGACCCUGAAAAAGAGGGGGAAUGGGGAUCACCAGGUCUGUGCUGCUGAUAUGAGUAUGCUAAUGUCCCAUAUAGAAACCUUAAUUCAGAGUCAUUUUAUGAAGGUUUUCUGAUCAGCCCUCCACACUGUCUAUGGCCACACCUUCUUAACAAGCUGCAUGUUUUAACUGAGCCAUGAUUCACCUGGCCUGUGCCCAGCCCACAGUGUCUCAGCCACCGUUUUAUACCCAGCUGUGGAGUUUUCAGCAGUAUUUGUAACACCUGGGAGAUUUGUGGUAGCGAUGGAAAGUUGUGAACUCAAAGUGCAGAAGACUGGAAUGCUUUUCUACAGGCCACACGUAGCAGAUGCCAGGACUGCUGGCUGUCCUUGGCAGUGCUGUCUCCUUCACAAACCUAAGAGCUUCUCCCUGGAAGGAGGAAGGUAAUGAAGUCUGACCUUUCUGAAACUUACAGCCCUUAUUUUGUUGCCAGACUAAUGUGGUCAUUUGGGCAGUGGGUGAGAAGUUAAAAUUUAACUCCCUUCACUUAGGGCACCAAAACAUAAGAUACUGUGAUGAUGUUCACAUGUUAUUAAUGAGGAUUGAUUUCACUAUAGACACUGGAUUAUGCUUGCAUUGUUAAUCCUUGAACCAUUUGAUUUGGUGAUUUGUUAUGGUGUGGAAUGUUUUGUGUGGAUUGUGAGGCCAGCUUUUAUGUAAAAAAACCCCAACUGGUCAUGUUGUUUUUCAUGCCUUUUUGAUGUUUUAUUGUGUAAAUUAGAAUCCUUUAUUCAAUAUUUAUAAUAUUUUUUGAUCUGUGACUUCAAUGUGUUGUAGUCCCUUUCCUAGAUCUUUUCUAUUUGAACUUUCAGCUUCAGAAUCCCCUUUUAAUGUUAUAAAAGAACUUGCUAGUAUCAGCAGCAGUCUCCUUGAAUAAGAGCCAGACUUCACCAUUUAUUUCUUUUAUUCAUAGUCCUUAGAGUCUAACUUUUAUCCUUGAGGUCAUACAGCUUUAUUGUACUAAACACUUCUGUUUCCAUGUUUUUUCUUAAAUGAAUUUCCUUGGCAUGCAUAAGAAAGUAGCUUCCCAAAGUGCUUGGCAUCUCAUUGGGGAAUGUGAAGGAUGAAUACGAGGGUCUGGAAAGUGUGAUAGCAUCAGAAGUAUUCAUUGUGUAACCUAAAAUAGAUCUGUGUUAGCAGUCUGGUUUGGCUAAUGACAGGUUCUUUAUUGUUCAGGGUUUUUUCUGUCAGGGAAAAAAACAGAGCAGGUUGCCCUAGGAGAUCAUUUAACUGUGGACAAACGUGUUCUGCUGACUGCAGAUUGUAUUUGGCAAGGACGUAAGAUUAUAACUACAUUUCACACUGGGAGAAAUGGUGAAAUGAUGUAUUGGCAGGUUUUGAAUAGUGUGCAGAUACAGGACAACAGUAAGAGUCAUCAGAUGUGAGAACACAGAGCUAUGGGAGGCUGUUUCCCACUAAGAUUUGAACAGGAAAAGUAAUCAGAAGAAGCAGUAAUUGAUGACAGUGUAGCCUUUCAAAGAGGCAACGUCUUCUAGAUGUCAGGACUCAUCUGAGGCUUUGAACUGUUGCUUCCCCUCUGUGUCUGCUUCUACUUUAUGCCAUACGAGAGUUGAAGGCACCAUCUAGUCAAAUUUCAAGAGUUGUCAUUUCUUGCAGCUCAAAGAGAAAGACCCAAGCAUGAUGUGCAUCUGCCGUGGUGAAUGCCUCCUACAAUAAAAUGACACGGACCUGCUGGAGUGGGUCUGGAGGAGGGCCACAAAGGUGAUCAGAGGGAUGGAGCACAUUUACUAUAAGGAUAGGCUGUGAGAGUUGGUGCUGUUCAGCCUGGAGAACAGAAAGCUGUGGAGUAGACCUUAGAACAGCAUUUAAAUAUCUGCAGGGAACCUACAGGAAGGCUGGGAAAGGACUCCUUAGAAGUGCCUGUGGUAACAGGAUGAGGGCAAAUGAUUUGAAACUGGAGCAGGGUAGAUUUAGGUUGAACAUUAGGAAGUUCUUUGAGAACAGUGAAGUACUGAAACAAGUUGCCCUAACAGGUGAUGGAGCCCCAUUCCCUGGAGACAUUGAAGAUGAAACUUGAUGGGACUUUGAUCAACCUGUCCCUGCUUACAGCCACAGUUGGACAAAAUUACUUCUGAUGGCCCCUUCCAACCCGAUGUAUUCUGUGAUUAUUAAGUUAAACAGUCAGACCUCAGCUGGCAAAGGGUUUAUUUUGGCAUGACUCAGAUGAUCAAUAUUUCAAAGGUCAUGGCAGCACCUCAAGUUUGCUUUGAAGGAGAAGGUAUUAGUAACAUUUCUGCUUGCUAUUUUCAUGUCAUGUCAACCACACUAGCAGCUGAUAUGAACUGAGUAAGGAAAAAGAAGUUGCACUUAGUUCUGGGCUUUCAAUUUGGACUGCAUGUGUGAAAGGCAGUGUGUGUGGUAUUGGUACAUUUCUCAGUGUCUGAAGGCUUUUGCAGUAUUUACUCAAGUUUUAAAAUGAUUAAACUUUGGACUUCAUUAUAACUUCAGUGAAUUAUUUCUGUGCACCGCAUCUGCUUGUGGAGCCUAGUAAUGGGCACUGUGAAAUGCUGCAGCAUGAGGUGAUCCUGCAUGUGGCACUUGUUUGUAGUGGCUGUGAUGUGCAACCCUCUGCUUUGCCUUGUCCUGCUGCACCCAGAGGAAGGGAGGAGAAAACAUUUCUGGUAUACUCCAGCUGUACUAGCAGCAGGGCCAUAGCAUAGUAAGGGAAACGAUCCUUCUGCUUUCCCAGCCCAGCUUUUCUGAGUGCCAGUCAGCAAAAUACUGUGGUUCCACACAUGCUGCUAUUGUUAUUGCUCUUCCCUCCCCACCACACACUAUCAGUAUUCUGAAAGAUUCAAAGGGCAUUAAAGUCUGAGUGCACAUAAGUGCAGGGCUUUGGCUUUUGCAGACCUCGUGCACACUGAAUAUUUGUUGUCAUGCAAUAUGAACUUCUUAGUGUGCUAAUGAUCAACAGAAGCAUGUCUGCCUUGUGCUGGUUUGCAUAGUUCUUUAAGGUACUUUGGUUUGGUGUACACCCAGUGUGCUCCAGUUUGGCUGAGGGUGUUGAAGUCUAAGUCAGUACAGCCAGGUUCACAGUGUGAGCAAGCAUAGAGAGACAUCUCCUCCACUUUGUUGACCUGGACUAAGAGCAUAGCUUUAGUUGUGCUGCUGUUCUUCUGUAUAGAUAAAUCUUUGCUGAACACUAAUACCACACAAAACCUUGAGGACAGAUGUACCAAAUGGAAGGACAAAUGUGGCAUCUAUAUUUACACUUACAAGAGUGGAAUCAUAGCAUCAUUAAGGAAGGUACUUUGUUUUGCUUACAGCCUUGGCAGCUGCUCGUUACUUGCCUUUAGUCACAGUCCUACCUCACAGGGGCACAGUGAUUUGAAGGGUGGACAGGGAGGACUUCUAUCCUGGUUUUGCUGUGCCAGAACGCUAGGCCAGCCAGGGGCUGCAGGCUAGCAGCAGCUCUGAGGCAGCCAGGACAGCUGUGCUGAGUUGGGUGCAGGUGUGUCCCAUACCACCACCAUCACACUCAGGGUGAAGGGGAGAGCUUGCUGGGAGGAGGGGAGCUGGGAGCUUCCUGCAGGGUUCCUCCUCACCCUGCUCCUCUCCACCCCUGUCUAAGGCCUGCCUUGCUGUGUAGUAUGACAGCUGCACCUUUGCUAGGUGGGUAUCGCUCCAUAUGCUUUCUGUGGCAUUGGUAUUAGUUUGGCUAUUUCAUUAAAUCCAUUUUCAUUUCAAUCCAUGGCUUUUUCCCUGCUUUCCCCUUCUUUGCUGGGGAGGGAUGACUGGGUGAUGGAGUGACUGCUACAAUGUAACCCCAGGUGGGCUAAGCUUUAUAUUUUUGAGGUGAUUGAAUGUUUUAGCAGAUGGGACUCCAAGAGGAAGAUUCUUUUUUCAGGUGACAUUAAGAACACACAGUGUUAAGUGUAUCACAUUCAACCCAUCUGAAAUACAACUAACAAAUGCUUAUCCACUGUAUAUUUUUGUUAAUAAAUACUGCAGGAUCCACCCUCUA